AUGGAUCCCUCUCGCAUCAAAACCCCCCCCAUGAAAGACCUCACGAUCGAAAACAUCACCGAGAAUGUCAUCCGCACCAACUCGCUCUGUGAAGACGAGCGCAUGAAAUAUGUCCUCGAGCGCCUCGUGACCCAUCUCCACGACUUUGCGCGUGAAACUCGACUGUCAUCAAGCGAGUGGAUGGCUGGGUUGAAGUUCUUGACUGAAGUCGGUCAGAUCUGUACAGAUGUUCGACAAGAAUUCAUCCUCCUCUCUGACGUCCUCGGCCUCUCCCUCCUCGUUGACUCAAUCGACCAUCCCAAACCCAAGGGCUCCACGGAAGGCACCGUCCUCGGGCCCUUCCACACCCACGAAGCCGAAGAAAUCAACCACGGCGGACGCAUGUCGCACGAUCCCAGGGGCGAGCCGCUGCUGGUAGUCUGCACGCUCAAAGACACCACGGGGUCCCCGAUUGAGGGAGCGAAGAUCGACAUCUGGGAAACAGACUCGACAGGCCACUAUGACGUGCAGCACGCCGAGCGCAGCGGACCCGAUGGCCGCUGCGUGCUGCGCAGCAGCCACGACGGCGUAUUCUGGUUCCGUGCGAUCACCCCCGUGCCGUAUCCAAUCCCGCACGACGGGCCAGUUGGGAAACUGCUGGGCAAGCUGCACCGGCAUGCGUAUCGACCAUCACAUAUGCAUUUCAUGUUCGAGAAGGAGGGAUAUGACCAUUUGAUUACCGCUCUCUACCUCCGCAACGACCCCUUCGAAACCUCCGACGCCGUCUUUGGCGUCAAGAACUCCCUGCUCGUUGAUAUCGGCAAGGCCGGACCCGACUACGCGCGGAAAUACGGCGUCGCCGAGGACCACGCCCUGCUCGCCUAUGACUUUGUGCUUGUUUCGGAGGCGGAGACGCGCGAGCUCCGCGCGCAGAACUCCAGGAUUGCGCUUGAUCGGCUGGGCCGCAAGGUGAAGAUUGUGAACGGCCUCCCGGUUCCUGAUCUCGACUGA